AUGGGAGAAGAAGAACCCAAUACAAGCUCGGCGAAUUCCACUUUGGAGGAAUUAUCCUUCGAGAAGCAAUCUAGUCUUGAAAAACAGCCUAGCAACUUGGAUGAGCCUACCAAACAACCUACGAAUCAACCACUAUACCCAGAAACCGAUCUCAGCCAGGGGAUAAUUGGCUGGGAGGGUCAAGAUGAUCCUGAAAACCCUCAAAAUUUCCCUGACAGCAAAAAAUGGAUCUUACUGGGCUUGAUCAGUGCUUUCACUUUAGUUUCACCACUUGCCUCUAGCAUGUUCUCACCAGCUGUUGUUUACAUGGGUGAACAAUUUGGUGAGACUAAUGAAAUCAUUCUGGCGCUCAGUGUUAGCAUCUACCUUAUUGGAUACACAUUCGGUCCUCUCUUUCUCGCCCCUCUCAGUGAAAUUUAUGGUCGUCGGGUCGUCUUAAGUGUCGCCAACUGGUUCUUCGUGGUUUGGCAGAUUGGAUGCGCCCUCUCGAAGAACAUUGAAACUCUUAUCGUCUGUCGUCUAUUCGCUGGUAUCGGAGGAUCCGCAUGUAUCACCCUCGGUGCUGGUGUCGUUGCCGAUCUCUUCCACGAGAGACUCGUGGAAAAGCGACUUCGAUUUGGAGAGGUGAGCUGGCAAUGGAUUUUCUGGCUUCUGCUCAUCGUUGGUGGUGCUAUGCAGCUCGGCAUUGAGGUAUUCAACAAAGAGACAUACGCUCCUGUUAUCAUUAAAUGGAAGGUGGCCAAGAUGGCAAAGGAGCUUGGUCGUACCGACUUGGAAAGUGUCUAUGAUGUUGGAAAGGAGAAACUAUCGCCUGGCCAGGUUCUAAAGCGCAGCCUCUUGCGGCCGGCAUUGUUACUUGUUAAGUCGCCUAUUGUUGCUUUCCUUUGCAUAUACAUGUCUUUUGUUUACGGACUUUUGUACCUCUUUUUCACAACCAUCUCCGAUGUGUUCACCAGCACUUACGGAUUCAGUGUUGGAUUAUCAGGACUUGCGUACCUGGGAAUCGGACUGGGCUUUGCAUGUGGUCUCUUCAUCAUGGCUAUCACGAACGAUAAGAUCGUUAGCAAGAUGACCGCUAAUAAUGGUGGCAAGUUUGAGCCUGAGAUGCGUAUGCCGACUAUGAUCAUCUUUGCCUGCAUCAUCCCCAUCAGUUUCUUCUGGUAUGGCUGGACUGCUGAUAAGCAUGUGUUCUGGAUUGUUCCAAUCAUUGGCAUGUUCCCCUUCGGCGUUGGCAUGAUGGGUGUCUUCAUUCCCAUUCAGACAUAUGUCAUUGAUUGUUAUCCCGCUUACGCCGCAUCUGCCAAUGCCGCUCUGACAGCGACUCGAUCGCUUGUUGGUGCUCUGCUUCCCCUAGCUGGUACACCCAUGUUCGACUCUCUUGGUUUGGGCUGGGGAAACUCGCUUCUUGGCUUCAUUGCUCUCGUUUUCGUCCCAGUCCCUAUCAUCUUUGUCAAAUAUGGAAAGACGAUUCGGGAGAAGUGGCCUAUCAACCUGUAA